AAUAUUUCAUUUAAAUUGCUUAAAAAAAUUAAGUCAAAAAUUGCCAAAAAUUAGGAAAUGAUUCAAUGAUUCCAUUUCGUUUUGAAAUUUUUAUAUGUUGUUGAUAUAUAAUUUAAUUUAAUUGCCAAAAAUUAGGAAAUGAUUCAAUGAUUCAAUGACAUGAACUGUUUUUUUACAGAAUUUAUAUAAUUUAUAAUUUAAUUAAUAAAUUUAAAAAUUAAUUUUUCAUUACAAAAAAAUAAAAAUUGAAAAAAAUUAAUGUGGUCGUAGGAAUGGAGCCAUCAAGGAGAGGGCAACCCCAAGAGCGUAAUAUUGGCUGGGAGCAUGGGAAGAUGCUCGGUGAACGUCACCAGUUUCAGUGCAAUUAUUGCCACAAGUGCUUCAAAGAAGGAGGAGUAACCAGAUUAAAGCAGCACUUAGCCGGUAAUUCUCGUGAGAUAUCUGCAUGCUCGGAGUGCCCACCGACCAUCCGUCAGCUGAUGAGGAAAAACCUCGCUGAGAUCAAAGCAACCAAGGAGAGGGCUGCCAAGCAGAAAGCGGAGGUGGAACGCCAAGCUGCAGAAGCACCUUCCUAUCACUUGAUGGAGUCACAGGAGGCCGAGGGUCCAGAUGAGGAGGAGGCACAGAUCCAGGCUGCCAUGCGGGCGAGUCUGGAUGAUCGAUGGCAGCAGGAGGAGGUGGCGAGGCAUCGGGCUCGAUUUGGGCCUUCGUUUUUUGAGUCGGGCGCCGGUUCUGGUGGAAGCAGACAAGAUCCAGAGUUUCAAAGGACAACAUCAGUCAGGGAGGGCGAGGGCAGAGGACGUAGCCGGAUUGCAUCUAUCCUGGGUGGUUUUGGUAGCCGAAAGAAGUCUUCCGGAGGGAUUCCACCAGGUGCGUCAAUCUAUGAUGUAGAUCCGCAUGCCUUCCCCAGAAGAGAUUCGAAGCAGCAAAGAGUAGACACAAUGUGGAAGAAGGAGAAGAAGAAGGAUAUGUGGCGAGCUAUUGGAUCCUGGUUCCACUUCAGCCACAUUCCAGCAAAUGCUGCAGACAAUACAUACUACAAGUCUGCCAUUUCUGCCAUACAGACUGCCGGUCCCGGUGUUGAUCCUCCAGGUCCGAGGGACAUCUACGGUGAGCUUCUUGACAAUAAUAAGGAAGAGCUAGAGAAUUGGAUUGGUUCAUAUAAAAGCAAGUGGCCCACAUAUGGGCUCACUCUGAUGUGUGAUGGUUGGACCGGUCCGACAAAGCGGGCCAUCAUCAACUUUCUGACAUACUGUGAUACGAAGACCUUCUUCCACAAGUCAGUUGAUGCUUCAGAUAAGGUGCACAACGCCUCAUACAUCCUCAGACUUAUGGAGGAGGUGAUUGAUCAGAUUGGAGAGGAGAAUAUCGUGCAUGUCGUCACUGAUAACGGACCGCAAUAUAAGUUGGCCGGGCAGGUCUUGAUGGAGCGGCGACUACAAAUUUUCUGGACCCCAUGUGCUGCACAUUGCAUCGACCUCAUCCUGAUGGAUAUUGGAAAGAUCCGUAGGGUGCAACAUACGGUGGAGAUAGCCCAACGCAUCACCAGGUAUAUUUAUAGCCAUACUUGGGUUCUUUCAUUAAUGAGAAGGUAUGCAGGGGGAGAAAUUCUUAGACCAGGAGUCACACGGUUUGCUACGAAUUACAUUACACUUGAUAGCCUUAUCGAGAAGAAAGGAGCCCUACGUCAGAUGUUUGUUAGUCCCGAGUGGCAGGAAAGUAGAUAUGCCCAGGCCGGCACUGAAGGAAGCAGGAUGGAAGACUUGGUAAGCAGGCAGUCAUUCUGGCAGCGGGCCAAUGCGAUAGUCAAGGCUAUCAAACCAUUAUAUGAAGUACUGCGGGCCGUGGAUAGCGAGAGGUAUCCCCAGAUGGGCUUUUUGUAUCACAUGAUGGAGAAGGCAAAGGCUCAGAUCAUGGAGGCAGAUGUAGCCCAUGCCCAGGAGUACAUCGACAUCAUUGAGCGGCGGUGGGGAGCCCAAAUGGGUAGGAAAUUGCAUCUAGCAGCAUACUAUCUGAAUCCCCGGUUUCAGUACGAGAGUGGAAUUGGUAUGGAUGAUGAACUUCUUCAUGCUCUGCGUAAUGUUAUUUAUAAGAUGGAGCCUGAUCCAGAAGUCGCCGCGUUAUGUAUAGAAGAGACCAAAUUAUUUAGAGAGGGUAGCCACAGCUUUGGACAGCGACCAGCUGUCGUGAGCAAGACAACUAUGAAUCCAGGUACAAUACAAAUCUGCAAGACAUUUUUGCAUCUGAAUUAUCUUCAACUAUGAGGCCAUCAUAUAUAUAAAAUGUAAUUAUCUUCAAUAUUUUUGCAGCUGAAUGAUGGAUUCAUUUUGGCGGAUCCGCAAAAAAUCUUAAGCGGAUAGCUAUCCGGAUUCUCUCCCAAACGGUCUUCUCGACUGGCUGUGAG